AUGGUGCUACCGUUUAUUUGGGCUAGUACCAUUUCCGUACUCGCCGCAGGAGCAUGCGGGGACUUUGUCUCAACCAACUACGAUGAAUACAACGAUGGCGUGCUCGGUCACCGUCCUCAUCUGGAAUUCCAUUCCAGCGAUGAAUAUGCGCCGAUCAUGCAAGCCACCAUCUGGGAUAGCGAUGCUAUCUCUGAUGCGGGCUCGCACAUUUUCCUACGACAUGACGGCAACGACACCUCGCCGCUCGCGUCCCCUUUAAUUAUUGAUGCACGCGACUUGAGCGCGGUAUACAUGAACCGAACCUUCCAAAAUGUCUUCGGCACUCGGGUUCAAGAAAACAAGGGAAAGAAAUACUUAACCUUUUGGGAAGGAGAAAAGGGUAAUGGGAUUGGCGAUGGUUAUGGACUUGCCUAUGACGAUACAUAUCGCCUAGUCUACAAAGUAUCGGCACAGAAUAUCCAGGUACACAGUGACUUGCAUGAGUUCGCAUUCACUGGGAACGGAUCAGCUUUGGUCACUGGCGUGAACUCAAUUCAAGUGUCUCCAUCAAUAUUCCCUCAGUGGGAGCUACCACCAUUCGGUAUCGAAAUACUAGAUGCAGUCUUCCAGGAAAUUGACCUUGAGACGAACGAGGUUCUCUUCCACUGGCGAGCCCUUGAUCAUAUAAACCCUAUGGACUCGUACGAGUCAAUGGGCCGCGGCUGGGAUGCAUAUCACAUCAACAGUAUUGAAAAGACCCAAGCCGGAAACUAUCUCAUAUCUAUUCGCCAUACAUUCUCUAUCCUGCUUAUUAGCGGGAGUACGGGAGAGAUCAUUUGGCAGAUCGGUGGGAAGAGAAAUGACUUCGAUGAAAUACCCGUGGUGAAUGGAUCUGAUACAACCCAGCCUGUGUUGACAAUGAGCUGGCAACACCACGCUCGUUUUGUCCCUGGGACCAAUGAAACUCAGAUUACACUGUUCGACAAUCACGGCACUGCCACGAACCACGGCGACUGCAAAGCUUUAUGCUCGCGUGGCCUACAUGUUGCCAUUAAUGAUACUAUCUCGCCUCCCACGGUUAAAUUACUGCGUGAAUUCCGUCACCCGGCACAGCUUCAGGCUCAGAGUCAAGGAAGUGUGCAGCCACUAUCCCCUUCCAUGGAUGGCCUCGGUAAUGUUUUCAUAGGCUGGGGUCGAUGCCCAUCAUUUACAGAGCAUAACUCCCAGGGCGAGACGGUGAUGGAUGUCCAAUUCUCACCAUGGCAUAGUGAUGAGAUUCCCGAUGCACUCGAUAACUACCGUGCCUACAAGAUGAACUGGUCCGCAACUCCCUGGUGGGACCCUGCCAUUGCCAUGCGGAAAGACCAGAAUGGCGAGCUUGUUGUCUACCUUAGCUGGAACGGUGCAACAGAAGUUGCGUAUUGGGUUGUCAGGGGAGCCCAUAAUCCCAUACGGGGGAACUACGACAAAGUCAUUACAGAAGGUUCGAGGACUGGUUUUGAAACAAAGUUGAUUGUCGGGGAGACCCCAUGGCAAUAUUUAUGGGCCGAAGCGGUCGACGAAGCUGGAGAUGUACUUCGGUCAACCGAUAUUGUGGAUUUGACAACCGCAACCCUCCCGAUGGUUUUUGAUACCUAUGAUGCCAAUUUCACUUUUCCCUCUGGAAAGGUGAAUACACAGCAUAUAGCUCGGCCAUUGAGCAUGACCUCAGUGUUGUUACUCACUGGAAUAGCCACCGUCGCCCUCGUGGUGUUCUCUAUUGGGGGUAUCUGGCUAUGGCAAAGAUACAGAAACUAUACACAGGUAAAAGCGGAGGAUUUUGACCUUGGUCUGGAAGAGCUUUUGGAUGAGGAUAAAGAAAAUGACAGCGACGAUGGUGAUAUUUUUGACGACGAGGGAGACACUCUGAUAGCCUCACAAUCACUAUUUCGGGAUGAUGGUCGGCCUCUUCUGCCGAGGAAUGAAGAAAAUAUACACCCUAGGGGUUAG